AGAAAUACAACUAACUUUACUUCAAGUCGUAGAGUCUCUACAUACGCUUAGUUUCUUCAAUCAUUCCGAGUUCACGUUCCGGCAAGUUCUAACGUCAGUAUUCAUUGUUCUCGCAUGAGCAAUGUCAUCACCCGAGUGGCUGUGCAGCGGUUGUGGCUCAUCGAGCACCAGUCUGAAAUAUAUUUCCUGCCUGCACACGCUGUGCGCGCCGUGUGUGCAAAACAGUGUUUCUUUUGACGGUUCAAUCAAAUGUCCGAAAUGUUGGUCAACCACCCCCCUGCCUAUGAGCGUCGAGCCAUUGCGAUCUCUACCCAGUGUGGUGUCCCUGGGAGAUGCAGGCUACAGUGUAGCGGGCGAAGACACCCAGACAACGCCAGUGUGUGAAGAGUGUGGAACUCGCACCACCGCCACCAGCAGUUGUGAGAACUGCCAUGUGAGAAUGUGCGAUGUUCAUGCUGCUGGUCAUCAAUUAUUCAAAGCCAACCAGGGACAUAUUGUCAAGCCGUUAUCCCAAGUGAAGCGAGCCUCGUCUUCUGCAGGAUCGACCAGUAGAUCUGCUGCUACACAGCACAGGUGUGUACUGCAUACAAGUGAGUUUGUUGAUGGAUUCUGCGUACAGUGUAACCAGUUGCUGUGCCCGAAGUGCAAACAGGCACAUUCUCUCAAGAAAGAUCAUCAAGUCUUGGAUAUAGCCAGUGCUGGUCAAAAGACUCGGGAUACGCUAGCAGAUAAGCUUGGCAGCAGUACAUCAACAUGUGAUGGUGUUACAAGCCAAGCGUUGUACAAUGUUCAAACCAAUAUUGAAAAGCUAAACAACCAAACAGAGCAGGCCUCGGCAAAAGUCACGGAGUUCUCCAAACUGUUGGUCGAGGCAGCUGAGAAGCGUCAGAAUGAACUCCUUGCUGAGCUGGAUGACUUGCGAUAUAAGAAGAUACUGUCAUUGGAGAAACAGCGAAGUCGACUUCAGGAGUGUCUGUCACAAGAAGAGACUGCCGCACACAUUGUGAAAUCAUUCGCUGACGAUGUUGACCUGCUCCACAUAUGGACAUGGGUCGACGAGUCGUUGAACAAAGCAAUGCGAACAGCUGAAGAAGACACAGUUCCAUGUGUGUCCAGUGGGCUUGUGUUUGCCAGCACUGACAUCACACAACUACUGAAUGACAUUGGCAAGUCUGGUACUGUACUGGAUGUAGCUGAUCAUGCUGUACUGAAUUGUCCAGAAGACGUCACGACUCACGAUGAUGUCACACUCACGGUUGAAGUGAUGUCGUCACCAACUGAUGAUGCUGUCACUGAGAGUGCUACCAGUAUUAGCAGUGCCGUAAGAAGGAUUACUAUCCCAGUUUGCAGUGUCAGCAGGGAUCAACUCGACAGCGUUGGACUGGAGAUUUCCGUACGCAACCUUGAUGACGACGGAGAAUUUCAUCCUGUGCGCACACGGUUUGAAUCAUUACCUGGAUGUGUGGAGAUGGGAUUUGAUCGAUUGCAAGCUGGCACAUACUCUGUAUCAGCGACGAUUGGCUGCAGGCACUUGCAAGGCAGUCCACAACAACUCCUGGUAAAAUCUACUGAGGCUGAUAGAAGGCAACAUAAUACGGCCUGCAAAGUCAGCCAACCUGAACAGAUCCAUCAGCUUCAGCAGCCACAUGCGCAGCCAGCCAUGCACCAGCAACUAAUGCAGCAGCCGCACCAGCAACUAAUGCAGCAGCAGCAGCACCAACGACUAAACCAGCAGUGGCUAGAGCAACUAAUGCAGCAGCAGCAGCAGCACCUGCAACAAAUGCAGCAGCAGCACCAGCAACCAAUGCAACAGCAGCAGCAGCGCCUGCAACCAAUGCAGCAGCAGCAACACCUGCAACCAAUGCAGCAGCAGCAGCACCUGCAACCAAUGCAGCAGCAGCAGCAACACCUGCAACCAAUGCAGCAGCAGCAGCAACACUUGCAACCAAUGCAGCAGCAGCAGCAGCAGCACCUGCAACCAAUGCAGCAGCAGCAGCAGCAGCAGCAGCAGCAACCAAUGCAGCAGCAGCAGCAACACCUGCAACCAAUGCAGCAGCAGCAACACCUGCAACCAAUGCAGCAGCAGCAGCAACACCUGCAACCAAUGCAGCAGCAGCAGCAACACCUGCAACCAAUGCAGCAGCAGCAGCAGCAGCACCAGCAGCAGCACCUGCAACCAAUGCAGCAGCAGCAACACCUGCAACCAAUGCAGCAGCAGCAGCAGGAGCGGCAGCAGAGGCGGGAGCCAGAACCGCAGAAGCGACAAACGAAGCCACAACACAGAGCCAGAUAAAGCACCCACAGCAGCGACGGAAAACACCUCACGCUACAGCUAUUCCAAGACCGGCAGCCGGUCGCCCAGUACCGCACACCCGUGUGUAGAGCAUGCAGAUUCUUCAACCUUGUACCUGUUGCAUUGUAGUCUAGUGCCUGUGUCACUGUAGCUUGGUGUGUUAAAACCUGUACAGUAAUAAGACUAGUAUCCUUUGCAUGUGAAGUUCGAACCUACCUUUUUCAGAAGCUUUCCUUUUUUCUUUAGUUUCUUCCAAUACAUGUCUUCUGAUUGGCCGAAUCUGUGCCAUCUCUCUAUCUCCUGAUUGGUCUAAACCGUUGCUCGUUGUUAUGUGAAACCUGAACUCUCUUAGU